AUGCACUUGUUCACAGAGUACAAAAAAUAUCCAAAAUCCUGCAGGCAUCAGCACAUAGCUAUUGAGAACCGCAAACAAGGCUCCCUCUAUUUUGUUUCCCUACACAUUUCCCUCAAAGCGCAGAAGCGGCAGCAGAAGGCCGAAGAGAACCGCGCUCAGCACCUCAAGUUAGUGCUGGAGCAGAUGAUGAAGGCGUUCGUUGCAAAGACGGGCGAACUGCUGAUUGGAGAGCUGGUGGUCGCAGGUCCUGGCAACAUGAGGGCCGCCCUCGCCAAGCUCCUGCCGCAGCAGCUGGUUGGCAAGCACCAGCAGGUUAGCAAACCCCAACAGGUUGACAAGCACCAGCAGGUUGGCCAGCAACAGCAGGUUUGGCAAGCACCAGCAGGUUGGCAAGCACCAGCAGUUGGCAGCAAGGCACAGGCAGGUUUGGCAAAGCACCAGCAGCGUCGGCAAGCACCAGCAGGUUGGCAAAGCACAGCAGGUUGGCAAGCAACAGCAGGUUUGGCAAGCACCAGCAGGUUAGCAAACCCCAACAAGGUUGACAAGCACCAGCAGGUUGGCAAGCACCAGCAGGGUUGGCUUGGCAAGCAACAGCAGGUUGGCAAAGCACCAGCAAGUUGGCAAGCACACCCAGCAGGUUGGCCCAGGUUAGCAAGCCAGGUCGGCAAGCACAGCAGGUUGGCAAGCACCAGCAGGUUGGCCAAGCAACCAGCAGGGUUGGCAAGCCACCAGCAGGUUAACAAACCCCAACAGGUUGACAAGCAACAGCAGGUUGGCAAGCACCAGCAGGUUAGCAAACCCCAACAGGUUGACAAGCACCAGCAGGUUAGCAAACCCAACAGGUUGACAGCACCCAGCAGGUUGGCAAGCACAGCCCAAGCACAGCAGGUUGGCAAGCACCAGCAGGUUGGCAAGCACCAGCAGGUGGCAAAGCACCAUCAAGUUGGCAAGCACCAGCGAGUCAGCAACCAUCAGGUUGGCAAGCACAGGUUGGCAAAAGCAAGUUGGCAGCACACAGCAGGUGGCAAGGCAGUUGGCAAAUCCCAGCAGGUUGGCAAGCACCAGCAGGUUCAAAGGUUGCAGCAGCAGGUUGGCAAGCAACAGCAGGUUGCACCAGGUUGGCAAGCACCAGCAGGUUGGCAGCAACAGCAGAUUGGCAAGCACCAGCAGGUUGGCAAGCACCAGCAAGUUGCCAAGCACCAGCAGGUUAGCAAACCCAACAGGUUGACAAGCACCAGCAGGUUGGCAAGCACCAGCAAGCAACCAGCAGGUGGCAAGCACCAGCAGUUGCAAGCAAGGUUAGGCAAACCCCAACAGGUUGACAAGCACCAGCAGGUUGGCAAGAACCUGCAGGUUAGCAGGUGCAAAGCACCAGCAGGUGGCAAGCACCAGCAGGUUGCAAGCAACAGCAGGUUGGCAAGCAGCAUGGCAAGCACCAGCAAGGUUGCCAAACACCAGCAGUUAGCAUUGUUGCAAGCACCAAGCAGGUUGGCAAGCACCAGCAGGUUGGCAAGCACCAGCAGUUUUGGCAAGCACCAGCAACCCCAACAGGUUGACAAGCACCAGCAGGUUGGCAAGAACCAGCAGGUUAGCCAACAGGUUGGCAAGCACCAGCAGGUUUGCAGGUUGCAAGCACCAGCAGGUCAGGUUGGCAAGCACAGCAGCAACAGCAGGUUUGGCAGCAAACACCAGCAGGUUGGCAAGCACCAGCAGGUUGACAAGCACCAGCAGGUCGGCAAGCAACAGCAGGUUGGCAAGCAGCAAAAAGCAGGUUGGCAAGCAGCAGGUUUGGCAAGCACCAGCAGGGGGCACCAGCAGGUCGGCAAGCAACAGCAGUUGGCAAGCACCAGCAAGUUUGCAGCUCUUUGUUCACCAUGUCGGUCGGCGUUGUCAGGGAAGCUUACUAAUGCUGACAAGUAA